GGGGGCGGAGUUAUGGAAUUCCUUCUACCUCCUGUGCCCGCCCCCUUUCACGAUUCUCCCUGACCUUUGACCCUUGUGCUCGCCUAGACUGGGGAACUGAGCCAUGGAGGACCGAUCGUUGCAGUGUUUGGGUGGCAACAAACCGCACCUGGAGAAACUAACUCUUGGGGUCGCCCGUAUCCUGGAAGCUUCCCCAGGAGUGACUGGAGUGUCAGUUAUGGAACGGGAACCUGCUGAUAUUGGAAUGAUUACUGCAUGGGAACAAGAAAAUGAUUGCGUAUUGCCAGAAGAUUUGAAGAAUUUUUACCUGAUGACAAAUGGCUUCCAUAUGUUGUGGAAUGUGAAACUAGAUAAUUAUCCCAUCCCAUUGGGCAGCCUGAUGAUUAAUAGUAUCAUGAAGUUGAAUCAGCUCCACCAGACUUCUGUUUAUUUGCUUCCCAAUUCACCCAGUCUUGUGGACCUGGAGGAAGAUGAUGAUGAAGGGUUGGUACCUAAUGGAGAUGAUCCAGAGAAACCACACUUUGACUCGAGAAAUAGAAUUUUUGAACUUGAUUCCUGCAGUGGAAAUGGGAAAGUUUGUCUUGUUUAUAAAAAAGAUAAACCAGCACCCCAAGAUGCUGAGAUCUGGUUUCUGGACAGAGCUUUAUAUUGGCAUUUUCUCAGUGAUUCCUUUACUACCUACUAUCGCCUACUGAUUACUCAUCUCGGCCUCCCCCAGUGGCAGUAUGCCUUCACCAGCUAUGGCAUUAGCCCACAAGCCAGGCAAUGGUUCAACAUGUACAAACCCAUCACCUAUAACACAGCUCUUUUUGCUGAAGAAGAGUGCAUCUUCUUGAACAAGCUGGAUCCAAGCAAGGUCUUCAAGAGCAAGAGCAAGACCUUAGUUUCUAAAAAGAGAUCAUCUCUACAGAGCUCAAGCUCCCAGAGAGGUUCAUCAACUUCUCCUGUCAUCAAGCCAUCCCCCCUCCCUGGAAACUCUAUCAGAAAAUAAGUAUUCCCCAUCCCCACCCCACCCCCAGCUCCUUCAGACUUUUUGGCUCCCCAAGAAUGAAUGAAUGACCCC